AGAUCGCCCCGGAGUUUCCGCCGCCGCCUGCGAGGCGAGCUCCUCGGCUGGGUCCGGGUGUUUGGCGGCGGCGGCGGCGGCUUCAUCCCCGCUCGGCCUCCCCCGGGCCCAGAGACGCCCCAGCCUCAGUCAUGCUGAGCAGAGUAUGGAAGCGGCGGACUACGAAGUGCUGUCCGUACGGGAGCAGCUAUUCCACGAGCGGGUCCGCGAGUGCAUCAUCUCAGCUCUUCUGUUUGCCACACUCUACAUCCUUUGCCACAUCUUCCUGACCCGCUUCAAGAAGCCUGCCGAGUUCACCACAGUGGAUGAUGAAGAUGCCACAGUCAACAAAAUUGCGCUCGAGCUGUGCACUUUUACCCUGGCCGUCGCCCUGGGUGCUGUCCUACUCUUGCCCUUCUCCAUCAUCAGCAACGAGGUGCUGCUGUCCCUGCCUCGGAACUACUACAUCCAGUGGCUCAAUGGUUCCCUCAUCCAUGGCCUCUGGAACCUGGUUUUUCUCUUUUCCAACCUGUCCCUCAUCUUCCUCAUGCCCUUUGCGUAUUUCUUCACUGAGUCCGAGGGCUUUGCUGGCUCUAGAAAGGGUGUCCUGGGCCGGGUCUACGAGACAGUGGUGAUGCUGCUGCUACUCACUCUGCUGGUGCUGGGCAUGGUGUGGGUGGCGUCGGCCAUCGUGGACAACAAGGCCAGCAGGGAGUCACUCUACGACUUCUGGGAGUACUAUCUCCCCUACCUCUACUCCUGCAUCUCCUUCCUCGGGGUCCUGCUGCUUCUGGUGUGUACCCCACUAGGUCUCGCCCGCAUGUUCUCGGUCACCGGGAAGCUGCUGGUCAAGCCCCGGCUGCUGGAAGACCUGGAAGAGCAACUCUACUGCUCGGCCUUUGAGGAAGCAGCUCUGACACACAGGAUCUGUAAUCCCACCUCCUGCUGGCUGCCUUUGGACAUGGAGCUGCUGCACAGACAGGUCUUGGCUCUGCAGACACAGAGGGUCCUCCUGGAGAAGCGGCGGAAGGCUUCGGCCUGGCAGCGGAACCUGGGCUACCCCCUGGCCAUGCUGUGCUUGCUGGUGCUGACCGGCCUGUCUGUGCUCAUUGUGGCCUUCCACAUCCUGGAGCUGCUCAUUGAUGAGGCAGCCAUGCCCCGAGGCAUGCAGGAUGCCUCCCUGGGCCAGGUGUCUUUCUCCAAGCUGGGCUCCUUCGGUGCCAUCAUCCAGGUUGUCCUCAUCUUUUACCUGAUGGUGUCCUCCGUCGUGGGCUUCUACAGCUCUCCACUCUUCCGGGGCCUGCGGCCCAGGUGCCACGACACAGCCAUGACUCAGAUAAUUGGGAACUGUGUCUGCCUCCUGGUCCUAAGCUCGGCACUUCCUGUGUUCUCUCGGACUCUGGGACUCACUCGCUUCGACCUGCUGGGCGACUUUGGACGCUUCAACUGGCUGGGAAACUUCUACAUCGUGUUCCUCUACAACGCAGCCUUUGCCGGCCUCAGCACGCUGUGCUUGGUGAAGACCUUCACCGCCGCCGUGCGGGCAGAGCUCAUCCGAGCCUUUGGCCUGGACAGAUUGCCGCUGCCUGUUUCCGGCUUCCCCCGGGCAUCUCGGAAGAGCCAGCACCACCAGUGACCUCCGGCUGGGGGAGGGAGGAAAAGAACUGGACACUGCCAUCUGUUACCGAAGGGCCUGGAGGGAGCCGGGGUUGGUGGGACCUCAGGGCCCAGCAUCCGAGAGUGUGGGUGGGCAGAGGGGAACUGAGCCAUCUGCACUGUUGCAUAAUCUGAGCCAGCGUUUGGGACCAGGCCUCUGCUUUUCUAGACUUAACUGUGGUCUCAGUUUGGGGUUGGGCUGGGUGACUGGGCCUGGUCCCAAAUCCGUUUACACAUCAAUCUGCCUCACUGCUGUUCCAGGCCAUGCCCGGAGCCAUGUUUACAUGACCUGAUGUGCAAUAGGGUGGGGUGGGG